AUGGAUGCGUUCCCCCGGAGCUACGUCGACCACAACCUCCCGCUGGUGCUGAUAUCCGGCCUGGCAGCGUCGGGCGAAGCUGGAGGGGAAGAAGAAGAAGCUAGAGAGUCGAUAGUCUCUGGAGUCGAUGGCGCGGACGGUGGAGUCUGCGUCUUCUCGGACUUCCCGCUGGUUGCUGGUGCCGUGGCGGACGGACUGCUGGCUGCUCUGCUCGCGGAGGAUGCCUCGCUCUGGCCGUGGAGCUCGAGAUACUUCGGCCACAGGGCCAAUGGAGUCGGGCUGAGGAUAGUGAGAGCCUCCAGGACUUAUACGCUUCCACGGCAAAAGGCGGAUACUGCACAGCAUGCUGCGGACAGCGAGGGACUGGCUCCCAUGCCUCACUCGCCGCUGUCUCCUCUCACGCCCGGCUCAGAGGUCUUUCCAGAUGGCAUGGUCACCCCUCAAUGGAUAUCCAAGCACCAGUGCCUCGUGCCCGCCGCGUUCGUCAACUUCUUCCCUCUCACCACGGACACAAACAUGUCCACGCUCAAGGACAACCAGCUCAAGAUAGAGAUCAACAGCCUGAAGCGGGACUGGGCCCAGUCAGGCUACAAGACGCGCUUUGUCGUCGUCUUCCUGUUCGAGGACGGGCCUGUCCUGGACGACGCCCACUACCGCAUCGCAAGCAUCAGGAAAGCUACAGGGUUGGAUCCCCGAAACGUCUUCACCUUGCCUCCGGGACCGA